AUGCCAGCAAAUAUUGAAAAUUGUACCGAAACACCGUUAAAUAGGGAAGAUAAGAAGGAUGAUAAACCACCUAAAAAAUUGCUCAUUAAAGUUUCACUAAUUGGAAUAUUAGUUAUUUUACUGGCUAUUGUUAUCAAUAAGCAAUUUGGACAAAAUAUUUCUCAAAAUGAAUCUCAUACCUUUCAAAGUAUAGUAAAGUUAGCAGAUUCUGGAUCGGAAAAAUUAUCGUCGCUUGAAAUACCAGAAACCAGUGAGAUGAGCAGUUAUCGUGUCAUUAUUCGAGACCUUGGUGUGAUAAUGGAAAAAAGUGAUAUAAUGGUUAAAAAUGGAAAAAAAAUUUCAGAAGUACUUUUUGGAUUAGAUAAAGAAAUACACAAAGCAGGAGAUGAGCUUGAAGAAUUUCGACAUCAAGCGAAAAGCUUCUACUUUUCACUUGCAAGUGAGAUGAAGGUAAUAAUGGAAGAAAUUGAAAAAUCACAAUGGUUAGAGUUCGGUUUCUUCAAAUAUUUUAUUAACAUGCCAAGUAGUGUAGCAGAUUUUAUUUGUAAGCGACUUGAAGUAUUAGAAAAACAAAUACCUGGGUUUCUGGAACAACUUAAACAGGUUCUUACUGCUAUUGAUUCAGUCCAUAAUAGUGCAGAUAAUACACAAGGGUACCUGAUUGAUGGAGAACGUGAGGCUGAACGUGCCUUAAAAAAGCAUUGGUUAGGUAAUAUUGCUGAUUAUACAGUGCGAAAGAGAGCAGAAGAUGAACUUUUACGAGUUCGAAUUAUAAUUAAAAUGCUUAAAGAAAUAGCACCAAGUCUUAUAAAUUUUGAAAACUUUUUAAAAGAGUAUCGUCGCAGUAUACAAGAUGUUGCCAAAGAAGUUAAAAGUUUUCCUACAAAGCCAACAGUAGAAGAUAUGAAGUAUUUGAAAAAAGCAAUUGCAUAUCUUGAAGAACAACACAUGCAGUUUUCAUCAGCAAAGAAACAAUUUAUAUCUAUGGAUGUUUAUAAUGCUAGGUAUCUUGAAGAAAAUCAGAAUCUUGAGGAACAACAUUCGAAAUUCUCUUCAGAAGAAUAUAGACCUAUAGAUACUUAUGAAGAUGUGAUGGAUGCCAUGAAUGCUCAAAAUCACAAUCAUUCUAUGUUUUAUACAUGUUUAAAAUGGGCAUAUAAUGCUAUACUCUUUUGUUUAAAAUGUUCAUAUAUUGUCAUACUCUUUUGUUUAAAAUGGUCCGUCAUAGUGAGCAUUAAUAAAAACUUUAUAAUUCGUUCUGCAACACCAAUUUGCAAUAAAACUUGGGAAAAUUUUAAUGGAGCAAUUGAUAUUUCUCCAAAUGCCAUUUUUGAACCGUCUACGCUUGAAGACCUUAAGGAUAUUGUAAAAUUAGCAAAGAAAAAUAAUAAAACUAUUAGAUGUGCUGCCCAAGGGCAUACUGUCAGUUCACUAUCUGUCACAGAACACUAUCUGGUAGUAGUCACUAAAUUAAAUAAGGUCACAGUGCAAAAAGAUCCAAAACAUGGCUGGACUGUUACUGCUGAAGCGG